AUGUUCAAGGUUAAAGCCAUCUACGAAUACGCCUCCGGGCAUGAGGAUGACCUGGCAUUUCCGGUCGGGCAAAUCAUAACUGUCACGGAGGAGGAAGAUGCGGACUGGUAUUCAGGGGAGUACCUUGACGAUGCCGGCGUGAAGCACGAAGGCAUCUUCCCGAUGAACUUCGUCGAGAAGUACGAGCCGACUGCCCCGCCCCGGCCAACUCGGACGCGGACAAAGAAGGAAGCAGACCCUGCCGCAGCUCCCGAGGGUGCCGCCGCAGCCACUUCUCCGCUCUCUCCUAAGCUGCCCGAGCCCGAGCGAGAAGCAGAGUUGGAGGCUACGUCGCCGACCCAGACAUCUUCCGCACUUCCUCCGGUGCCCCUUCCCGUCCCCGAAGCUGCAGUGACCAGGCCGGAGGAGCCCGUUGCGCUUGAAACGGCACCUCCGCCUGCGCCGAUGCCAGUUCAGGCCGCCUCUACAUCGUCGGCGCCCGCCCCAAAACCAGCGCCGACCCAGCAUAAGCCCAUGGCACCUCCACCAGUCUCGGAAAAGCCCAAACCUAGCUCGUUCAAGGAUCGCAUCGCCGCCUUCAAUAAGCCCGCUGCACCCCCUAUCACGCCCUUCAAGCCUAGCGGGCUAGGUCCCGGCAGCUCCGGGUUUAUCAAGAAGCCCUUCGUUGCGCCUCCUCCAAGCAGAAAUGCUUACGUUCCCCCCGCUCGAGACGUACCGGUAGCGAAGGUAUAUCGUCGCGAUGAAGACCCCGAAAUCAAGGAGCGGGAAGCGGAGAAUAUGGAAACCGCCGAGAAGGCUGGCCUGGUCCCUGGAACAUCAGCCGAAGGCGAGGAUGCCGAAGACCAGCCGAAACCAAUGAGUCUAAAGGAACGACUCGCCCUUCUGCAGAAGCAGCAGAUGGAGGCCGCGCAAAGGCAUGCGGACGCUUCGAGCAAGAAGGAGAAGCCAAAACGCCCUCCCAAGAAGCGAAUGGAAAGCCAAGACGUCAAGGACGAAGCCGAAGCUGCCGCUCCCCCGCCAGAGCGCCGCGACACGGAGCAGUCUGCACGCAAGCAGUCUGUUGACGAACAACGUCCGCCACGCCCACCCCAUACCCAUCGACGAAAGUCUUCAAAGGGCCCCGAGCCACACGACGGUAACGAAGCCGAUAUGUCGGGGGCUGGUGACACCACUGAAGGCCAGGAAGAAGACGUUACGGAGCGGGAAGAUAGCUACGAGAGACCCAGGCAUGUCGCGACCGCCGCCAAGCAGGACGACGAGGAUAUCGAUGAAGAGGAGGACGACGACGAGGAAGGCGAUGACGAUGUUGAUCCCGAGGUCCAGCGCAAGGAAGAGCUACGGGCGCGGAUGGCUAGAAUAGCUGGUGGCAUGACGGGCAUGGCUGGCAUUUUUGGAGGCCCAAUGCCUGGAUCAGGUGCUCCCGCACCUCCGAGGAAAAAGAAGUCGGUCGCUGAGGCGUCUGAAGAAGCUGGAUCUCCUGGAGGCCAUGCGCCACCAGUGCCGAUGAUGAUGGCGUUGCCCGGCAUGUCUCGACCCAAGAGCCCGGAGGGAAAGCCCCAGGAAGAACCGAGCCAAGGUCCUGAAUCCGAGGAGGAGUCUGAAAUGGCAACGCCACAACAGGAGAAUUCCCCUCCGUCUUUGCCGUCAAGAGAGCUUACGGGACCACCCCCUAUUCCAGGCGGACGCCCCGCGCCGCCUCCGAUCCCUACCGAGUCAGCGCGCCCUCAGCCUCCAACUCCCUCGGCCGUGAUAUCCCCGAGUGAAGGUUCCGAAUCGGACGACGAGCUAUCCGAGGUUAAACCCGACGUGACUCAGGCCGCCAGAGCUCCUCCGCCGCCGCCAGUAGCCGUCCCAGCAUCCAUGGCCUCGCCAAAAUCGCCCACACAGAAACGUCUGUCGUACGCUGGUGACGAAGCUCCCCCGAUGUCGCCAACUAGCGCUGCUCCUGCGCCCCCUGGUAAAAGAAACAGUCGCCUACCGCCUCCCGUGCCAGGUUCUGCUCCUGGAGCACCACCUGGGCAGACCCGACCACCACCACCGCCUCCACCUGGGGCCGGACCGCGCAGACAAUCCACUGCUGACAGCCAGCACUUUUCGCCGACCAAGUCUGCGGUCUACGAGGAUGACGGUGACGAGGAAGAGAUCACAGAAUACGAGGGAGAUUAUGACACGGAUAUCGCUUCGUCCGUUCCCCACAAGGAUGCCCUCAAGUCACACCAGCGCGAGUCGAGCUUUGAGGAGGGAACGCCGGUUAGGUCUUCUAUCUCGGAGGCGCCUCCGUCUUUGCCUCCCCCGGUCCCGUCUGCAACAGCUCCGAGGGCAGGUCCUCCACCGAUCCCGAGCCUGCCUCCUCCGGACAAGCGGAAAUCCACGGAGAUGCCCCGAGCUGCGCCUCCGCCACCGCCUCCCGCCAAGGAGACGCCCAAUUACAACGACGAUGAUUACGACCCAUUCAACUAUACCGCCUCGCCGGGGGCCAUUGUAGCAAUUCCUACACCCUCCCAGCCUCCUCCGCCGCCAAGACAUUCGGAAGAGGCCUAUUCUCCUCGGCCGUCGUAUCAAGCGUCGCAGGACCGAAGAGCGCCUCCCUCCGGCCCCCCGCUGUCCAACCGUUCCCACAGAGCGUCAUUAGAUGUGCAGCGCGCUGGUGCUCCUGGUCGCAGGUCGGUGGACGUGACAAGACCCUCGAUGGAGUCGGGCUUUGUGGCGAACGAGAUCGACCUCGCCCCCCAGUCCGGCUGGUGGCUCCAACCCAGCAGCCUCCCUCCGCAGCUACAGGGGCGCAAAGACAUCUUCUUCGAGUCCGAAGAGUCCACGGCCGCCACGCCGCGCGCCGGCGCCAAAAUGACGGUGACGCGCGACAUCUACGUGCUGUUCCAGGACUACUCGCAGACGGUGAUCACGGUGCGAUUCGACCCCCAGGACGCGUCGGACGUGCGGCUCGAGCAGCGGCACGAGCCGCCGCCGCGGGCGCUCCGGCAGGACCAGCUCGAGCAGAGCUACGAGCGGUUCGGCCGCGCGAUAGGCGAGGCGGCGCCGGGCAAGAAGGACACGGUCGUCGGGGACGGGACGCCGCAGGCGCUCGUGUACGAGCUCCUCCGGCCGCACGCGGGGGCGCUCCUGCCCGUGGGGACGCGGGCGUACGGGGCGCUCGUGUACAGCAACCUGGCCAACGCGUCGACGUCGCAGAACGACGAGAUACGGCCCGGGGACAUCAUCAGCAUCCGCAACGCAAAGUUCCAGGGUAAGCACGGGGCGAUGCACGCAAAGUACAGCAUGGAGGUGGGCAAGCCGGACCACGUGGCCGUGGUGGCGGAGUGGGACGGCACCAAGCGCAAGGUGCGGGCGUGGGAGCAGGGCCGCGAGAGCAAGAAGGUCAAGGUGGAGAGCUUCAGGCUCGACGACCUGCGCAGCGGCGAGGUCAAGAUCUGGAGGGUCAUGCCGAGGAGCUGGGUCGGCUGGGAGGGGGGCAAUUAG